AAGGGCUAUCUGCCUUCUACAGACAUUUGAUAAAAUCAGGAACUUCGCAUACAACUCGGAAAGAAGUCCACCUCAGAACCUAUUAGGGCAAACUAUGAAAACUUGUUAGGGUUCUCCUACCCUGAGAUCCACCACUGCUAAGGGACUUCACAGAGUCCAAGGAUCUCACUUUUUUCUUUUUUUUUUUUUUUUUCUUUCAUUUUUCUUUCUUUUUCCUUUUCCCCCCCCCUUUUUUUUUUUUUAAAUAUGAUUUUUUACAACUCAGUUAUUCUGGAUGUUUGAAAACUGAAUUAAGAAAAAUUCACUCAGAAGUUGGCUGAAUGUUGCAAGCUUGCACAAUGGAAGGAUUUCCCCUUAUUCCCCCUCCCUCUGAAGAUAUGGUACCCUAUGAGUCAGACCUCUACCGACAGCCCCAUGACUAUUACCAGUAUCUCAACAGUGAUGGAGAGAGUCAUGGUGAUCAUUAUUGGGAAUAUCAUCCACACCACAUGCACAGUGAAUUUGAGACCUUUGGAGACAACCAUUUCACAGAACUGCAGAGUGUGCAGCCUCCCCAGCUGCAGCAGCUCUAUAGGCACAUGGAGAUCGAGCAAAUGCAUGUCUUGGAUUCUGCAAUCCCAACCACACACAUCGGACUCAACCACCAGGUGUCCUAUUUGCCCCGGAUGUACUUCUCUCCACCUCAGCCCAGCUCUGACGAGGAGGACAUAGAGAGGCAGAGCCCCCCCUUGGAGGUAUCAGAUGGGGAAAAUGAUGGUGUGGACCCUGGGCCUGGAAUUAUGCAUGGAGAAACAGGCAGCAAGAAGAAGAUACGUCUGUAUCAGUUCCUUCUGGACCUUCUUCGCAGUGGGGACAUGAAGGACAGCAUUUGGUGGGUGGACAAGGAGAAAGGUACUUUCCAGUUCUCCUCCAAACACAAAGAAGCAUUGGCGCAUCGCUGGGGCAUCCAGAAAGGCAACCGCAAGAAAAUGACCUACCAGAAGAUGGCACGGGCUUUGAGAAACUAUGGCAAGACAGGGGAGGUCAAGAAAGUUAAGAAGAAGCUGACCUACCAGUUUAGUGGAGAGGUGAUGGGAAGGGGGGCCACUGAUAGGAAGCAUUAUCCUCACUGAGGCCAUGGGACCCUGAGCAAGAAAAAUAUUGAGAGCUCCUGGCUGGAUACCAGCAGAGGAGAUGGACGCAUCUUUCUCUUUGCUUCCUGUGCCCCCUUCUCUGCCUUUAAACAGCCUUUAUCGUCAGAUGUUUCUGGUACGACUUCCCUUCUUCAGCAUCUGAGAAUCCUAAUCAUGACAGAAUUCUUUGCUUCCAUCCUCCAAGUUGGACAGAGUUGGGAAAUUUAAACAAUGUACAAAUAUAUUGUUGUCAGGGAAGAUUUUUGGUUUUUUUGGUUUUUUUGGGGUUUUUUUGAUUGUAUUGUAACUAAAGAAUACAGCCAAUGAAGUUUUGCCUCCAGAGGUGGUGCUGUGUCACUCAGAGUGACACCGCGUUAGCUUCCAGCUUUUAAACUAGCAUUAAUACAGGCUCUGCCGCAGCUCUCAGAGCUAGAGAGAAGUUUGCAGAUCUUGGAAUGAUAGCCGUUCUUUUAAAUAGUAAUAACAUGUACAUAUUUAAUAAAAUUAGUUAUAAUGAAGUUUUGAUGUUUGCAUAAUAAAUGAUUACUUCACAAACAAAUGUCACGCGUUCAGUUAUGCAGAUACAGCUCCUGUGUGGCGUCUGAACAAAAGGUGCAAGGGGUUGUAGGGCCUUAUCCAACUGUGGCUACUUUUUUAUUUACCUGGAGACAUCACCAGCCAUGUCAAACUCAGUAACAAAAGUAAGAGAUGAAACACAUUGCUGUGAAAGAGACUGCAGUACUGAAGGAAAUUUAAAAACACAUACAUGUAUAUAUUUCUCACUGGUUUUUCCUGUGCAGAAACCCUGCCAGUUGAACAUUUUCUGGUCAUGUAUACCAAGAACUGCAUUUGUACUCCCAUCCCUUUUAGAACAAUUAACCAUGUUCUUCUGUGGUUUUGCUUAUUUUCCUGCUCCUGUUCUUUUGUCUUGCUUUCCCCCACAGUGAUACCUUGAUUCUAGCUUAUGAAUCUUUCUUGGAAAUAAGUUGUGUUUAAUCAUAUCUUUACAGAAUUUCAGUAUAACAGUCUCAACAUUUUAACUGUGGAUUUUAAUCCCUACUGUAAAACAAUUAAUAGUAACUAAUAACAACUGCACUGUAUAGAUAACACUCAAAAUGCAAAAUAAAUGAUAAUUCAAUA